CUGAGUUUGUUCCAUUUUGUCGAUGAUAUAGCGAGAUAAAUUGUUGGUCAUUAUCCUGUCAGCCCAUCCUCACCUAUUCGUCCUCGAAUCUCGUACAUCCUCCCUUUGGUAGCUCGACUUGCUCCAUCGACAGUAAGAUUCCAUCCAGCCUGCGAUUUGGACGAGGAGGCUCAUUCCCACGGACGGCAACAGCACAACAUACUUCAUAACUCUAUAAAAUAUGGCGGAACCACCGCAGCCAUCACCGCCACGGGCAGAGCACUCCUCUGAAGAUACAGCUACGGCGACACAGAAGCCUCUUGAAGCCAGCGCCGAUGCUGACUCGGACCCAGACUUUGACGAUCUCGAUGAUGUUCUUGAUCAGUUCUCAGCCGCAUCCCUAGCGCAGCCCAAACCUCAAUCCGAUCCCGCACCUUCAUCCUCCGGCCCAGGCAGACCAGCCGCAGCGACGCACGAUGAACCCUCUCUCCCUCCUGACAUUCCCAUCCCAGAAGGUCCCAAACCGAAUGAGUCCGAGGAAGAGUUCAUGGCUCGCCUCACUGCCGAAAUGUCUACAGUCAUGUCCAAGUUUUCGGCCGACCCAGCCGCCUCGGCAGCCUCGCCAGAAGACAUCGCAAAAAUGGGUCGUGAGCUCGAGGAGUUUACGCAGAAGAUGGAGUCUGAAGGCAUUCAGCCCGAAGAUCUCUUGAAGGCCAUACUAGGCGAGGACACUGGAUCUAGGGUCGAGGACGUUGCGGUGAACGAGCGCGUGAGAAGGGAGAGUGAGUCACAGUCCCAAAGUCCCGAAAAGGCCAAACGACCUGGCUCUUCCAAGGGCAAAGCAACGAAUUCUUCGUUCGAAGACACUAUCCGCAAGACGAUGGCCCGCAUGGAGUCUUCUUCGGCAGCUGCAAGUAGUGCGACGGCGCAAUCCUCUAAGUCGGAGGAGGAUAUGCUAGCGGAAAUGCUGCGCGCCUUGGAUGCCGAAGGUGCUGGUGGCCAGGGCGAUGGCGACCUGUCUAAAAUGUUUCUCGGUAUGAUGGAACAGCUCACAAACAAGGACAUGCUCUACGACCCGAUGAAAGAGCUCAGUACGAAGUACCCAGGAUGGCUGGAGCAAAACAAGCCUAAAUUGCCGAGUGACGAGUACGAGCGUUUCUCGAGACAACAGGUCAUUGUGAAUGAGAUUGUAAACAAAUUCGAAGAGAAAGAUUACAGUGAUGAUGAUUCUAAAUGUCGAGAGUUCGUGUGGGAGAAAAUGCAAGCGAUGCAGGCAGAAGGCGCCCCUCCCGAGGAUCUUGUUGCCAAUCCUUUCCCCGGUAUGGGAAUGCCUGACCUGGAUGAAAAGGGACUUGAAGAAGGUUGUCCGACACAGUGAUUAGCAGUGGAAGUGCUGGAGCAUGAUGCAGGAAGGACCUCGGACAGGAAAACAAAGUACUAAAUAAACCUUGAGUCCGUGAGCGUUGCUCGAGACGAAAUGGUCGAUCGAAUGUGAUGGCACCCACGUUUCGGAUCUCAGACGAAAGGAAUGUUUGCACCGGGACUACAGUGUUGCCUUUUGCCACAGGAUCUCGAGAAAACGACAUUUGAAACAAACAUCCCUACGCCGUGGAGUCACUUCCACAGGGUCGCAUACAAUAGAUGUGGAUGGAAGCGAUGCCGUAUACUCAAUCACGUCUCAGGGGAAGCAUCUUCAUGAGCACACAGACGCAGGGCACGUCGACGUCUUCUGCAGAUUGGGUGAUCUACAAGAAUAUGAAGGCGGUAAUACGAGCAAAUGAGGUCAAAUAUUUUCUACAGAUAUUCAAUGUGGUUUCGGCAUGUGAAGCGUAUUCACAACCGGGAAACGUGGCAGCAAACCGAGAAUACACGGAGACAUGCCAAUACAAAUGUCCACAAAGCUAUUCUCGACGACUCGUAGUAUUGAUAUAGAUUCAAGUGGUUGAACGGUGAUAUCUUAAAGCCCUUUUCGGGUAGCCUUAAUCGAAUUGAUCAG